AAGCGUUUGCAAUAACAUAGCAGAAGCCACAGGAGCUUCAUCACAUAUGAUCAACAACUAUGGCGCUCUCGAAGUCCUUAACAAAAUAUGCCGUUGUCUUGGUUAUUCUUGCAAUGCAAAACGUUAACGGUGGUACACUUGGAACACAACAGCCCACUAACAGUACACCUGUGACCACUACAGCUCAUACAGCAGGCUGGACUACACCUGUGUUUCUAACUCCAACGUCAGAACCGAAAAACCAUUUGGCSUGUGCCUUGUCCUAUAGACUGAUGUAUACGUACACAUUACCUAAURGGACACAGCUGAAGGAAAGUAGAUCACAGCCUGUCCAACCUCAGCAGUGCCCGAAAUCAGUGGCAAAGUGCAUGAAUGCUAGCGUUGUAUUAAGUGUCCUCAAUUCAAGCAUACCCCACAUYAACAUCAGUGCAGUGUACUAUUUAAGGAGCUGUGUGAAUGCGUCCCUUUGUAACUCUACAGCAUUGACCAGUUUUUUGUCUGGAAUAUUACGCAACUUCAAAAUAAAUACCAAAACUCUCAAAUUCAGAUGCUGUGACGACACAGACUACUGCAAUUCUAACGAAAAAAUACAAGGUACUACACCUAGAACUACACCUUUUUGGUUUAACUUUACCACAGUGGCUCCAACAUUUUAUACAACAGGCUGGACUACACCUGUGUUUCCAACUCCAACGUUAGACCCGAAAAACCGUUUGGGUUGCGCCUUGUCCUCUAGAUUGACGUAUACAUACACAUUACCCAAUGGAACCCAACUGAAGAAMGUSAUAUCAGGGCAGCCCCUACAACCUCAGUAUUGCCCCAGAUCAGUGUCAAAGUGUAUUAAUGUCAGCUUUGCAUUUAAACAGAAUUCAAGGAUAUCCAACAUCACUGGGGAGUACAAUAUAAGGAGCUGUAUGAAUGCAUCCCUUUGUAACUCUACAGCAUUGACCAGUUUGUUAUAUGGRUCAUUUUUAAGUAUUAACGUCAAAAUAAUCAACGAAACUCUCAAAUUCAGAUGCUGUGACGACAAAGAUUACUGCAAUACUAACGAAAAAAUACUAGGUACUACACCUAGAACUACACCUUUUUGGUUCAACUUUACCACAGUGACUCCACCAUUUCAUACAACAGAAAGAAGAUUAUCUCUCAUUUGUGGAUCAGGCAGUAGAUUUUUUCCUUUCGGUGGUGGAGAGUUUAGCACAGUGAAGUGCGAAAGUAGUUACCAGUCAUGCGCAGGAGCACUAGUCCAAGUGAGGCAUAACACACUUAAUCUCAAUGGAACUGGUAAUUUUCUUUUUUGUAUCAACACAUCAAUGUGUGGCCAAUUGCUUGAGUAUGGUAGAAUGAAACUGAGAGAAUCAAACAUGACAUUGUUGGGAGGCGAUGCAUCUUGCUGCAGAACAGACCGUUGCAACUUCAAAUKKGUUCCAGGCUGGACUACUCCUGUGGUUCCAACUGGCAUGACAACUCCAACUUUAGAUCCCCAAAACCGUUUGGGUUGCGCGUUUUCCUAUAGAAUGACAUAUUCAUACACAUUACCCAAUGGAACCCAACUGAAUAAAGUCAUAUCAGAGCAGCCUCUACAACAUCAGCAGUGCCCCAGAUCAGUGGCAAAGUGCAUGAAUGUCAGCGUUGCAUUUAAACUUAAUUCAAGCAUAUCCAACAUCACUGGGAAGUACAAUAUAAGGAGCUGUAUGAAUGCAUCCCUUUGUAACUCUACAGCAUUGACCAGGUUUUUGUCUGGAAUAUUACGUAACUUCAAUAUAAAUACCAAAACUCUAAAAUUCAGAUGCUGCGACACAGACUACUGCAAUUCUGACGAAAAAAUACCAGGCACUACACCAGUAUUUCGAACUACUACCUACCCUGUGACUCCUCCACGUUCUACAACAGGUCCUCCUAGAAAAAUUGCCCGAUGCUUCCGUCAUAUCUAUCAAACAAAUCCAAUGUUUAUAAAUGGUAAUGAGGGACAGUUCUUGCAGCCAUGCUCGGACGACGACGAACGCUGUGUAUAUCUUGAAGCAAGUUCUCGACGUCCAGUGGAUGCUCUACAAAGCAUAAGUAGAAAAGUCCCAAAAGAACUGAGAAAUUUAACCAAAAUAUACAAAUACAUCUACCGUGGAUGUAUAAGUAAAGGUCUUUGUGGAGGAUCCUUGUUUUGUGACUAUAUUAAGAAGGAGCAGAACAUAAGUGGGCUGGAAAAUUGUUCGUCAAAUUGCUGCGAUGGACACGACUACUGCAAUGUUGGAGCUCCAGUUGCUGUGUGCUCAAAACAAAAGCCAUGCUUGCAUCAUGGCAAAUGCAAGACUAUGGCAAAAUCCAAUUAUUGCGAAUGUGUACCAGGUUACUCUGGAGACCGCUGUCAACAUAAAUACACAUCUUCUCGUAUAUGUGCUACGACUAGCCAGUUCAUUCUAAAGCGCGGAGUAGAAAUGGUGAGAUUAGGAAACAAACUGAGUGUUGGUUUAUGCACGGGUAGUGGCCAGUCUUGCGCAGGUGGUACUGUCCAAGUGCAGCAUGACAGUACGAAAUUAAAUGGAACCGGUCUUGUACUUUUUUGUGUCAACACAUCUCAGUGUAACAACCUGUUUGAAUAUGGGAAAGCUGAGCUUAAAAAAAUGAGUUUGACCUUAUUUGGUGGAAAUGUGACGUGCUGUAGUGGAGACCUUUGCAACUAUAGAGAGAUCCCAGGCACUACACCAGUAUUUCGAACUACUACCGACCCUGUGACUCCUUCAGGUUCUACAACAGGAACUACGUAUACGCCAAGAAAAUCUACAACAGAAACACCGACACCAACUCCUGGAAAGAAACUCCCCAAAUGCUACCAUGCAAUCUAUCAAACAAAGCCAAUGUUUAUCAAUGGUACUGAGGAACAGCUCUUACAGCCAUGCUCGGGCGARGACGAUCAAUGUGUAUAUCUCAAAGGAAGUUCAAGAAGCCAUAUUUCUGUCUUGUCAAGCAUAAGUAACAAGAUACCAGAGAUCCUCAAGAAUUUAAUAGGCAGAUAUGAGUAUGAGUAUCACGGGUGCAUCCCCAAAGGUGUUUGCACUAUUGGAUUUUGUUCUAUUGUCGAGGAGUCUGUGAUUAAACAAAAUUUUGAAAGUUGCAAAGCAGAAUGCUGUUCUGGAGAUUAUUGUAACUCCGGARAUCCAGUUUCACAUUGCUCGAAAGAUAGGCCAUGUGAGAAUAAUGGUAAAUGCAAGACUGUGGUAAAGUCAACCCGCUGUGAAUGCACAGGACAAUAUUAUGGUGAUCGUUGUGAAAAGAAAGCACAUCAAUGCAUGUCAUCACCAUGCAAGAAUUCAGGAACGUGUGAGCCGAAAGAAAAUGGAUUUACCUGCAAGUGCCCGCCUUACCUUCAAGGAAAAACAUGCGAGCAUAUUAACUACUGUCACUUUAACCCUUGCAAAAAUGGUGCCACCUGCUUGAACAAUGCAAGCAAUCCAAAUUCCUACAUAUGCAAUUGUACAUCGGGGUAUUCUGGGCCAAGAUGCGAAAAAGCAAAGUGCUUUGGAGACAAUAUGUACGACUUUGGUCCAAGCAACAACGACAGUGAAGCUUAUCGAUAUUAUUUUUGCACAAUUCUUACAAUCCCAGAUAUUCGGUUUGAUUUCUAUGGACAAAAACACAGGAGAUUGGCUGUUUGUAAAAAUGGUAUGYUGCAGUUUGACAGAUACUGGUCACUUUCGUGGCCUCGAAAGUUUGGUUCUCAAAGUUGGCUCAAUUAUUACAAAAUUAUUGCACCUUUUUGGGCAAGRAUUGACGAUUUUUAUCCUUUCAUAUACAGAUACUUUUACUACAGGGGUUUCCGUUUUCCAUCAGAUCCAAAUAGCAUGUCCAAAGUAUAUUAUCAGUGGUACACAAAUUCAAGAUCAGCAGUGCUUCGAAAGGCCUCUCGUGAUGUCAGAACAUACGCGAAAAAUGACCAAUACAAGAACUUCAAUGCUUCUCGAGUCCUUGUUGUCACUUGGGUCAACAUAUAUCCGUCUCGAUACCAUUCAGAAUUGUCGACUCCUUACUUCAAGCUGUCUAACACAUUUCAACUUGUUCUAAUAUUUGAUGAACUGAGCUCUUUCGCUCUGUUUAACUAUCCAUGUGAAGGAAUCCAGUGGGUUGUUCCUGCGGUAGGUUCGGAUUCGGAUUACUGGUACAGAACACCUUUGCCUGUCGGAGGUUGGAACUCUGGAAGGGGUGCUAGAAAUAAAUUCUUCAAUAUACCAAAUUCUGGUAAAUUGGCCUUUUCCAAAAUUGAUGAAAAGAAAGGUAAUACUAACGUYACYGGUCGUUGGUUCCACCAUCUAAACGACGGUCCUACACGUCCAGCUAUAGCAGAAUCACAGUGCACGGCGUGGUCUAAAUUACAAUUACAGAAUAAUCGACUAAUUGAUGGAGGAAUGAAGGUUAUCAACCAACGAUUCCCAUGCCCUUGUGAUCUUCGUCAAGCAUGGCGAGAUGGAAGAUUUCGGCCUGAUUGGCACUAUAAUUAUCGAUAUGCACCUUCCGAUGCUCAGUGCUAUUCUCUGCAUUGGGUUCUCCGGAGACGUUUUCGUUACUUUUGGACGUUGACUGACCCAAGUACAGGCUCACAAGUUUUCGUCAGAGGGACAAUUACUAAGCGCUGCUGCUAUAACACUGAUCGUCGUAGUAAUCAAUUUGGAUCCUUGCUUAAAAGGCCUAAAUACGCAGGCUAUGUUGUCUUCCUUCCUUCCUUUGCAUCUGGCCAGUACAAGUGGCUAUUAAAYGAUGACGAGGCACACCAAGCAUGCUGUGUGGAUUCCAAUCUAUGUGCCAUGUUUUAUCGGAAUAGGUACUCUGAUGAUUGUUCAUCGUAUGAGCCACCGAGAAGACGUUUCGUCUUUGGAGAUCCUCAUAUUGUUACAUUGGAUAACAAAAAUUACACCUUCAAUGGGCACGGUGAAUACACUAUGGCGAAUGUCGAUAACGGAUUCUUCAAGCUCCAAGCAAGAACCAAGAAAGCUCAAGGAGGCAUUGCUACAGUAUUUUCAGCAGGUGCUGCCAAGGAAACAGAUACAGGGACAAUAGAAGUGAGAUUGACCGAGAAUGGAGGCCUGGAGGUGCUUGUGGAUGGAAAUCCAUUCAACUUCUCCACUGUCACUGCAAAUGAAACAAAAGAAAUCAGUAACAUCUCGUUAUCACGCGAGGACAACGACGACAUCACAGCAACAUUYCAAUCAGGAAUCGCUGCGACAUUUGGUGCCAUAARACAAAUGAUGACAAUCGUGCUGUCAUUGCCAAAAGAGUUCAAAAACAAGACCAAAGGUCUUCUUGGUACAUGGAAUGAUGUAAUGGACGAUGAUUUCACACUACCCGAUGGCUCAAARAUUCCUAUUUCAUCCAAUGAUAGCACAAUUCACUYUAACUUUGGACUGAAGUGGCAGAUCACAGGUGCUGAGUCACUGUUCACUUAUAAACCAGGAGAAAGCGUGGACACCUUCAAGAACUUGUCUUAUGUACCACUAUUUGCUGAUGACUUGAAGUUUUAUAAUGAAACUCUGAAAGCUCAAGCUGAGGCAGUUUGUGGAUCAAACCUUGCUUGUCUGUUCGACGCCGCUGCCACUAAAGAUGCUUCAGUAGGCGAGGCAUCAUUAARRACUUCAAAUAAGCUAGUUAACGAAUCAAACCAACUAGAAAACUUCCCUCCAGAGGUAGUCAACACUACUGAGUCAAUCAAAUUGAAACUAAACGUACAGUCCACCACCGUUGUCACUGCGGAGGACAAGAAUGGAGAUCUCAUUACCUUUCUUUGGCAAAAYGUACCUGGACUUCAAGCCACUCAAUYUGGUAACGUCUUGACUUUGAUAUGGACUUUGAGCUCUACAGAAAAGGUAAACUUCACCCUUGUCAUCAAAGAUUCCAAAGGAGCUUCAUCAAUCUGGUCGCCAACUAUUACUCUCUGCGCAUGCCAAAAUGGCGGCAACUGCACCGACGUCGAAGACGAAUCAGGUGAUCGUUUUCAGGUGAUGCCUUGCCAAUGUGCCAGUGGGUAUACCGGUAGAUUUUGCGAGAGCGAUAUWGAUGCYUGUGARUUAAGGGGAUCGCCUUGUUUURCUGGAGUCAAGUGUACCGAUCGYCCUGCACCAGCAGGGAUUGAUGGGUUUGAUUGUGGUCCUUGUCCUUCUGGUUAUACUGGUUCAGGGCAAAACUGUACAGAUGUUGACGAAUGUCUGUCUAAUAACAGUACCAAMUGCCAACAAAAUUGCAUCAAUACCCCCGGUUCCUAUAUCUGUGAUUGCAAGAAGGGCUAUACAUUGAAUGCAGAUAACCGUUCCUGCUCAGAUGUCAAUGAGUGCUCAAGGGAUGUUUGCCAACAAGAGUGUAACAACACAGUCGGAAGCUUCGCAUGCUUUUGUAACGACGGUUUCAAAGUUGAUCCAAACGACGACAAGUUGUGCGUCCCUAAUGAAACCUGCAACAAAACAGUUCAAGGCUGCGACCAAGUAUGCUACAUGUAUAAUAACAUKCCUAAAUGCUCUUGCAAUAAAGGAUACAAGCUMAAGAGUGACCAAAAAUCCUGCGAAGAUAUCAACGAGUGCAAUCACAAGCCUAAACUUUGCAGUCAAGUUUGUGAAAAUAACAAUGGCAGUUACCAGUGCAAGUGCAACUCAGGUUACACCUUGGCAAAAGAUGGGUCGACUUGUGAAGACAUCAAUGAAUGCGCCGAUGAAAGCCUAUACAACUGCUCUGGCAUUCGUAAUACAUGUGUGAACAUGCCUGGGUCUUACAAAUGCGAUUGCGAAUCUGGGCUUGAGUUUAGGAAUGGAUCUUGUCAAGAGGCUCUGUCAACAGUAAGGCCUACGAGUGCCACUACUUAUAAACCAAUGACAACUCCAAGUCCUGGAGAGAAUGAAAGAAGGCAGUCUGCACUCAUCACAAUAAAGAACAUGCUCAUGAAAAACUGGAAUGCAGUUGUACAGCUAAAGUUUAAGGAAACAAUGGCAGCUUUGGCUUCUAAACACUGUUCAAACAACAGAAGGCAAUGCGGSAUUCAAGGACUUUCUCGACGCACAAGGCGAGCAAACGUUGAUCCUAUCUACAAUGUAAGCCAUAUUCAUAUCUUGCCUGGAUAUCCCAACCAAACCGGAAGUGAUUUGCUGGUUGCCUUCUACGUAUUGAAUCCUUCCGGAAGUAACUCAUCAGCUCUGCCUAUAGAUGCUUUGAUCCAAAUCACCAACGAUGGCAGAGUAAACAUUUCCAAUGCAAUUGGGUACACAGUGCUUAGAGUCGAGAGACUUAUUUCAGAAGAUACAACAACCACAACAACAGAACCUCCAACAAAGGCUCCUGAUGAAACCUGGAAGUGGAUUGUAAUUGGAGUUUGCUGUGGUAUUUUUGUUUGCUUGGUUGUUCUUGUUCUUGUUGUCUGUUAUCGAAAACGCAAUGAUCGCCGACACAAAUUAUACAACGAAGGAUAUGAUGGCAGUGGUUCCAACAAAGGUUAUUUGGAUGAUAACAUGGAGCUGAAAGGAGUGCAAAAUAGUUAUUCCUAUACAUAAACAGAAAAGAAAAAUCAGCGUAUUCAAAGCACAAUCACGUAAUYMCAACUUYAAURYUUUGGCGUGUGAUCUGCGUAAAAARAGAAAAAGAAAAGAAAAAAGAAAGAAAAGAAAGCGAAUCUUUUGUACACCGUUUUCUCUUGCUAUUCCAUACCAUACAUACACUUGUACCAAAGAARAGAGGCAUAGGACAUUUUGUAGCACAUAUUAUUCAUUUGGUAAUUAAAACGGUCAACGUAAACACGUCUAUGUUACAAUUCAACAUUUUGAAAAAAAAUACAUUAAAAAUCGCUAGAAURAAUUAA